AAAAGGAAAAAGAAAAAGAAAAGCACAGCAAAAUCUCUCUCUUACGAGCGAGCCUCCAUUGUGUCCAAUUUCAUGGUGUGUGUCGUACUAGCAAGUAGAAAAGAAAUCUGAAAGGCAAAAGAGAAAAGGAGAAAUGGAGGCAGCGAUGGGAUUGAUGAGAAGAAUGCCUCCGAAGCACACGGAGGCGGCGCUCUCAGCACUCCUCAGCCUCUUGCCCCACCACUCCUCCGAUCUCCUCUCCCAAGUCGAUCAGCCUCUCCAGGUUUUACGUGACGUCGAUUCUGAGAAGGAGUUUAUUUUGUGUGAAUACAACAGAGAUGCCGACUCUUAUAGAUCACCUUGGUCAAAUAAAUACCAUCCACCAUUGGAGGAUGGGGCCCUUCCAUCACUAGAGUUGAGGAAACUUGAAGUUGAAGCGAAUGACAUCUUUGCAAUUUAUCGUGACCAAUACUAUGAAGGUGGCAUUUCAUCAGUUUAUAUGUGGGAAGAUGAUAAUGAAGGUUUUGUAGGAUGCUUUCUAAUAAAGAAAGAUGGCUCAAAGACAGGGCAGGGUCGAAGGGGUUACCUGCAGGAGGGAGCAUGGGAUGCUAUACAUGUCAUUGAGGUGGGGCCAGAGGAGGAAGGAACAGCUCAUUACCGUUUAACCAGUACUGUCAUGCUAUCUUUGACUACGGAUAACGAGUCAUCAGGCACAUUUAGCUUGUCUGGAUCAAUUAGACGACAGAUGGAUAUGAACCUCUCAGUUGCAGAGGGCCAUCUUUGUAAUAUGGGAAGGAUGAUAGAAGAAAUGGAGAGUAAGCUGAGGAAUUCACUGGAUCAGGUAUAUUUUGGAAAAACAAAAGAGAUGGUUUGCACCCUACGACCACCGUCUGAAGUUGUGAUGAGACUGCCUGAUAGCUGAUGCGGGAUUCUAUGGCAUGACGUGCUGAAUACUUAUAAAUUCUUUGUAUCGACCAAAUGUGCUUAGCAGUGUGUUAUUACUAAGACAUAUUGCAUUUCAUAUAUGUUCUAUUUAUUUGGGAUCUUAUAUUAGACACAGUUUGUUCAUUAUUAGUAGACCUGUUGCAGACUUAAAAAUACGUUGCUACGUGGUUGAGAAGAUAGAUGCUCAUUAAAAAUAUGCUCUUUUCUACGAA